AAUGUUAGCUAUUUGUCUAUUAUCAUAAACCAUUUCUUAACAGUGCUUUACUUUAGUGUCUACGCCAUCUAUCUCCAAUUUGACAAUUCCCUUUCCUCCUCCUUCCUCUUCUCCAGUUUCAAUAAGCUCUAUGUCCUUGGAUAUGAUGAUAGUAACAAUGUCUACAAGGUCUGCCAUCGCCGCACCUUCCAGAUCUAUGCCCUCAAGCCUGUUUGCGCCAAGUCCAACCCCAUGGCCGAAGGUGGGACGUCAUUCUCCGUCUUCUUCUUUCCGAGAUCGACAUGCUAUCGAAUUUGUUUGCUAGAUCAACUUGUCCCCCCCCACCCCCCCCAAAUAAGAAUAGAAGCUCAGAUAUUGAAUAGUCAUUCAGUCGCCAAAGAAACAUGCGACCAACCAAAAUCGAUGAGAGUAUGAGAUGAUAGAGGCCACUAGGAAGUAUCUGGAACUGGGAAGUUGAGGGAACAUGAAGGGAUAUCGACAAUGAGACGAUGAAUUCCGUAUAUGUGGUGUUUGUCGCAGAAGAGUUUGGAGGUAAGAUUGAAGUCGAUUUGGCUAGAGUCGAUGGGGACGAUGAAGUCGGUGCGCCGGUUGGAUUUGUUGACAAGGAGGAUGUCGCAGUUGAAGCAGGAGGUCGGCGAGAUUAGAAAGGGAGAAGACGACGUUAAGCUGUCAAAUCUUCUCGUCUACACAGAGAUGGAGGUCAAGCCGACUUCGCCGUCUGGAAAAUCAUGUGCCAGAUUGUAAGAAUUAUUGAGGAUUGGGGAAAUUGAGAAGAAGAGUUAGGUUUAGGGAUUGAGAAGGAUAUGGGAAGAACACAUAAGAAUUGAGAGAGAAGAGAGAUGAAGGAAUUAUGGAUUUUUUACGUUCAUUUUUCAUAAUAAUUGAAAAUAAUAGUUCUCCCCUUUUUAAAUAGGAUUGUUCCCAAAUUACAACAAAAUAAUAAUAAAAUGUAUAAUCACCCCAAAAGGGCAAGAACCCUAUAUGGUCGAGUUUCUCACAUUCCCCUCUUUUGGGAGACCGACCUUGCCUUUAAGGUCGAAAGACGGAUCUAUCUGGCUUAUGGUCUCUAUGUCCUCCCACGUAACAUCCUUUGGUCCCAUGUUAUGCCAAAGAAUCAGACUCUCCUUAGUCAGCGAGAGCCAACGUGAACCCACCUCGUCUCCCGUACCCCGAUUGGUUGAGCCCACCAUCUUCACUAACGGGCGACACCGGUGGCUGAUUUGUUGUAGUGUCACUGCGGUACUUGCACAUUGAUGAUACAUGGAAUGUCAGAUGAAUGCGCACCGUCGCAAGUAGCUGCAACUUAUAAGCCAUGGCUCCGAUCCGCUCCACUACUUGGUAAGAUAAAAAAAAAUCGUGAUGCCAGCUUUUGGUACGCCAACCUGAAUACUAAAGUCUACCGGUACAGAUGUAAUCGUAGCAGAGCCCAAUCACCGCUUUGGAAAUCCUCCCAACGCCCAGAAUUUGCUAACUGCUUCGUCCAACUGUUGGAGACAACCAAGUUUGCCUGCAGUUGGGCCAAUGAGACAUCUCUCGUGUCGAGCCACUUGUCUAUUGCAUCAACUGCACUAGUACUAGACUACCAUAUCAGGAACGACAAUGAUCGUCUAUAGGGAACCUCAAGCGGGGUCAUCCGAAUCGCUCUAUGGUAGGUGAUGUUAUACCAAAGCUUCGCCCACGAGGACACGACAACAUUGCCAACCAAUUAUGAAGUUGCUAAUGUGCAAAAAACCGUAGAUACUUCACAAGGUGCUUGUUGAUCACCUUGGUUUGAUCAAGGCUCGAACCUCAUCAAGUAGAUGGGUAAGAUUAGUUAAAUUAGACUUAGCAUUUGAGUAAUGAGUAGUUCAAAAGUGGUCGAUUAGUCAUAAUUCUGGCUAUGUCCCUGAUAUGUUGGUGUUUACACUAUAAAAUACAUGUAGGUGGCUAGAUAUGUCAACAAUUUCAUUUUAGUGAUUAUUUUUAUAAAUUGCUCCGAUAAGA